CUCUACUUGCCGAUUCAUAAGAACGGCCUCUACACAAUGACGCCAUUUAUCUCGCAAAUUAUCUUCAAAAACGUAUUGUCUUGGGUGAGCGAUUGGUUGAAGAAGGAGAAGCAGCUAGACCCGACAAAGAUGGGGAAGGGUUUUCAGAUCUUUAGUGCCCUCGGCCUUAUUACGUUAAUUGAUUUUAUGAACUGGCCUCACAAAUGGACGAUAGCGCUUUAUACAGGAGCGGUUUUGAACAUCUUUUCCUUGGUGAUAUUUUUGUUAUAUGGAGAAGUAAAAAUCCAAUCCUGGGCCGAGUCGUCAGCCGUUCGAAGUUAUCGCGCAGCUACCGAGCUUCAGGAAUUGGCC